UGGACACAAUCUGAUCCAGCGAUGCAGUAGUUACUGAUCUUAAUAACAAAGCAUAAAAAAGAUUUUUUUAAAAAAAGAUAAAAUAAAAAGCUUAUAAAGAAGAGAUCACCAUUAGAGAUCUCUUCGAUUCCUCAGCACAAAGCUAAACAAACAACCCCACACACACACACAAAAAAAAAAAAAAAACAAUUGUUGGGUUUUUCUCUCUCUAGCAAGACUUUCUCUCUCUAAUUCUUGAUUAUUAUUUUCCGGUGUAUAAAUGGGUAGUAGUUUUUUUGGGAGACCAAAAAUGGGUGGAUCGUCGUCGUCGUCACCGACAUCUUCUUCUUCUCCGGCAAAGAGAGGGAAGAACAAGAAUGGUUCUGACAAGCCUAAGCAGCCUCAGAGAGGUCUCGGCGUCGCGCAGUUAGAGAAGAUUAGAUUACACGGCGAGUAUAACUGCAACAGCUUCAAUACUUACCCUUCUUAUCAUCCCUCAACUUUCAAUAAUCAGGAGGAUGUGAGGAUGCAAGGAGGAUAUCCAUCCAUACCAUCUUCAUCACCAUCCUUUUCAUACGCAUCAUCACCACCAUCAUCGGGUCCUUAUGGCUUUCACCCAAACAUGAUGAUGAAUGCAAAUAAUGAUCAAUACGAGAGAACAACAAUAAGAUACGGAGAUUCUCAGCCUCACAUAGCACCAAGUUGGAACCCGAGCUACGGCAUCUUGGAGAGCCAACAUUUUGUGGAACCAAACACAACAAGACACUUCUUACAUGAGGAUCAGAGAAAUAUAUCAUUGGGAUCGGGUAUUCAGAACUUCGAAACGAGUGAAGCAAACGAGCUAGAUUUGGAAUUGAGAUUGUAACUUUGACUAAUGUAUGAAAAAAUAUUAUUGGAAAAAGAGGCCAUGGAGUUGUUAUACAUUCAAAGCAAUUUAGAGAAAUAAUAUAUAGGUCAUUUGAUUUGAUAUUGGGUAUCAGAUUUUGAUAUCAAGAUGUUUUCUUUUAUAUAAAGAGUAAGUAUGUAAAUUAAUACAUAAUUUCAAAAAAAAUCUUAGAUCAUAAAUUAGAGAGGUAGGAUUACUCUGCAUGAGGGAAACGGCUUACUAGAUCGUAUCUUGUGGAUGUUCGUAUAAUACAAGAAUAAAAACUAUAUACGUAGAGGUUUCGAUUGGUAACUCGGGAGAUUUCAAA